AUGCUUUGGUUCUGGUAUGUUUCUAUUAAGAUUCUUUAGCAAAAACUCUAUCUAAAGAACAAUAUUUAUAUAUUGUUUGCAAAAUAAAAAAUAUAAACUGGUAUAAUUAAUAGGCAAAUCAUUUUUGAUAAACCCUCUUUUAGAAGAAAUGUUUAUUUGCUUCAAGUAAAUAAUUUCAAAUUAGUUUAACAAUUCAUAAGAUGAGUAUAUUAGAAACGAGAAAUGA